AGUCGUGUGCCCUUCAUCACUCGCCAAUUCCCCGUCCGCCAUCCUGCUUCUUUUGCGCCAUCAAGCUUUUGCGAUAUCCCGUCUGCAUCCGGCAGCACACCACGUCAGCUUCGCACAACUGCGACAACACAGCCAAGCAUCCACAACACGUGGUCGCAAAUCGGCCCUUCAAGCCUGGUGCUCGACCAAGUCCAUGCGCUCAUCUCUCUAAGUGUCUUGGGAUCCUGUGCGCACUCGCUUUGUUGUCUGCAACCCUUUCUUUGUCACAGUCACACAACACAUUUCAGUCAUGCCGGCCGUCAGAGGCCUCAGUAUGCCGUCAGUACGCUUGGUGCUGUCGUACGUUUUUGAUUGGAUCUGUAUAAUAGCUAUAGCCGCUGUUGGAGCAGGAUGGGAGUUCCUGACGCCCUACAAGCGACCAUUCUCCCCUGUCAAUCUCGACAUAUCGUAUCCGUUUGAGCACAACGAGACAAUUCCAACAUGGCUUAUGGCCGUCAUAGGUCUCGUUAUCCCAGCUGCUGUCAUCUUCUUGGUCUGCAUUGUCUUUGUGCCGGGUCCAACAGCCAGCCGAGGGACUUCCAAGGCGCUCAUCUGGAGGAGGAAGCUUUGGGAAUGGAACACGGGCUGGAUGGGACUGGCGCUGUCUCUUGCGACCGCCUUCAUGGUCACCCAGGGCAUGAAGCUGUUGUUCGGAAAGCCGCGUCCCGAUCUGCUGUCUCGCUGCCAGCCCGACCUCAGCCGUCUUCAGGAAACCGCUGUCAACCCCAUUGUCGGCGUUGACUUCAACGCGGCAUGGGUCCUUGUCACAGACGCAAUCUGCACGAACGAAGACGAGGACAUCAUGAAGGACGGCUUCAAGUCCUUUCCCAGUGGCCACGCCAGUUUUUCCUGGGCCGGCCUUCUCUACCUGACCCUGUUCCUGGCCUCGAAAUUCUCCGUGGCCAUCCCCUUCCUCGCCCCUCGUCCAUUCUCCACGAACCCGGCGUAUACCUCCGCCGUGACACGCUCAAACCUUAAGUCGCGUAUUUCAACCGACCGCUCGGUCCUCCCUGUCCACAAACAAGAAUCAUCGCUCUCACACACCGGCAUCACCGACAACGACGCAGUGGUCCCCAUCCGCUAUCAGUCCGCCGCCCCGCCCGUCUACACCCUCGCACUCGUCCUCACCCCUGUCGGAACCGCUAUUUACGUCGCCAGCACGCGCUUCACAGACUUCCGGCACUUCGGCUUCGACCUGCUCUUCGGCAGCCUGAUCGGCAUCACCACAGCCUGGUUCUCGUUCCGCUGGUACCACCUGCCCAUCACGCGCGGCGCCGGCUGGGCAUGGGGUCCACGAAGCUACGAGCGCGCGUGGGGCAUCGGCGUGGGCGUUGGCAGCUACGUGGGCGUCGAGGGCUGGAGCCGCAAGGGCCAGAGCGAGACGCUGAAGAAUGGCGCGGGCGGCGGCGCGGAUACGGCUCAGCGCCAUGGGUAUGCCGCCGAGGCGACGAGCCAGGAUGGCAUCAUUGAGAUGGAGAGGAGGGAUGGGUUGAGGGCGCGGAAUGACGCUACGGCCGCCGACGAGCCGAUAUACGUGCCGCACGCCCAGGGCGCGCAUGCUGUGUAAUUUGGUCUUGGCGUGUUCAAAGUAUGUGUUCGAUUAUCGUCUUUGCUGUUGUUGUAUACCACGGGGGCUCGCACUCGAUUCUGGGAUUAUUUGGGUGUAAAUGUAAAUCAGCAA